AUGCUCCAACUACCUGAAGAUAUAUUUAACCCUACUAUGAUCGAUAUGCGUUACCGUCGGAAGACCAAUAUAAUAGAAUACGGUGGGAAAGUAGCUAUUUUACGCUAUCGUGAUCUUAAUACAAAAGGCAUGAUGAAACUAUGGGUCAUGGAAGAUGCAGAGAAGAAUAGGUGGUGGAGUAAGACUUUGGUGUUGGAUUCUUCUCAAAUACCUAUAGUCCACAAGAUUAAUCUGUUGUUACAUAGUACAACUAGAAACGGAGAGGUUAUGUUCUUGAUAACUCGCUCUCGUACUCGAAGGGAGGUCUUGGAACCUCGGCCUCAAAAUACAGCUCUUUUCUACAUUUUCCUUUACGAUCUACAGAAGAAUCAUAUGAGAAAAGUCGAAGUUAAAGGAACACCGAACGGCUAUCUUACCAAGUUUUUUGACGUUGCUGGAUUGGAUGAUGUUGAGAACUUGAUAUAUCUCUAA